AUGACAUUGAUUUGUCUCUUGAUUUUUACAUGUCUUUGCUAUCGAAUUAUUGAUUAUUUCAAUCGACAUGAAAUGAUGAAAUCACUUUUUGUAUAUAAUAAAUUUCAUGUAUCCAAAAAAACUUCAGACAAAAAUAUGCACAAUAAUGAAAAUAAUAAUUUAUUAUCAUUAAUGCCUGAAGAUGAACAAAAUCUACCAGAAUGGUUUACAAUUACAUUGUGUAAUCUAAAUCCUAUCCGUGGGAGUGCAUUGUUUGCUGUGGAAAAUGGUUCAGAAAUUUAUGAUAAUAUCAGUAAAAAUCGUCAACAUGAAAUAGAUUUCAAUGGUUUAACUAAAAGAGUGAAUGUUGACAACACUUUUGUAUCUAAAGCAAUACUUAAACGAACUGGACAUAAAUUGAAUGAAAUGCUAAAAUUUUGCUUCACUGGAAAUGAACAAUGUACGCAUAGAAAUUUUACAUCUGUUCUAACUAUAUAUGGACAGUGUUAUCGUAUGAAACUGGAGCCAUCAAUUCAUGAAGUUAGAAUUGUGUUAGAUUCACAAGAUUACGAUUAUAUCAUACCUCAUAGAGGAUUAAUUGGAUUCCGUUUAUGGAUACAUUCAAAUGAACAACAGGCGUCUUACAUGCUUGAUCUGAAAGAACAAGAUAAUCGUAAUUGGAAGUAUACACAACAUGAAAAUGUUCCAGAUUUGAAUUCUUUACAACAACAACAACAAUUAAACAUUAUACGACCGAAUGAAAUUAUUGUCAGUACAGAAUUCCAAACAUUAAUACGUGUAGCUUUAGAUAUGAAUGUUCAUUAUAAGCAAACAAACAUGAAGACUGGAUUAUGUUCAACAUCAAUGCGAUUUACUGAAUGUGAACAGAAUGUUAACCGGAAUUCAGAUUCACUAGAAGAUACUAUUUGGUCAUCUGAUAAUGAUAAUCGUCAUUUUUCGAGUGCUCGUAUUGUAUCUGCAACACAAUCAUCGAAAGCAACAAUAAUGUACAGUCUUUUAGCAUUACGUAAUCCAAAUUUAUUUAUGCGAAAUAAUAUUGAUUUGCAGCGUGGUCUACGCAUACAACAACGUGCAUAUAUUCAGUUAACUAAUGAAACAGCUUUUAACGAAUUACGAAACCUCGUCACGAAUUAUGAUGAUUUACGUAAUCAGUUAAGAAGUAUCAAACAGUUAUUGCAUGAAAUCCAGAUUGGAAUUUGGCGAGAUCAACGAGAAGCUUUACAAGGUUUAUUUAAAUCUGUAGAAAAUAAUCCACAAUUAUGUACAUCACAAAUUCAAAUUCAUAUUGAUUCAAUAUACAAUGUUAAAUUAGAAAGAUUAGGUGAAGCUAUUGCUACAUGUUUACAAAGAUUAGAAUUAUUUCAAACAAGUAUGAAUUUGAUUAUUAAAUGGAAUAAACAUAUAUUACAAACAUUUUCAAUUGAUUAUGAACACUUACAAAAAGUAGAUGAAAAAAGCCUUGUUGCAUUCACUGUUCAAUUUGAAACGAUUGGAAAUGAUAUUAGUAUGACACAUUUAACGCCUAUGCAUAAAAUAUUCAAUCCAUUCGGUGAAAUUAUGGGAAUUUGUUUUGGCACAUUAAGUCUAUUGAUACCACUCUAUUUGAUUGUGGAUUACUUCUUCACUAUGAAAUGUAAAUCUUCAAAAGAUAGACAAGGAGUUAUUUAAAUAUUCUCCAAACCAGUGAUAAACAUACUAGAAUGCUGUAUAAUUUCAUCAUUUCAAACAUUAUUCUACUUAUGCAGAGAAUGUUUUGACACAUUCGAAUGUAAUUAAAAAUGAACUGUAAAUAUUGAAUAUUGAUCAAACUCAAGAUUUUUAUUGAUUAAAACAAUAUAUUCUGAUUAACUUUUAAUCUGGUUAUUGUACAUAACUACCUAACACUAAAUUGGAUCAUUUUCUUUGAUAAUCCUGAUAAAUUCAUCUUUAAAUUCUUAUAUUAUGUGUAUAUUUCUUCGAUGCCAUCAUUGCUACCGU